GUACGCCCCGUCCCCCGGCGUGGGCGCCUUCAUCAGCUCCGCCGGCAUCUCCCUCCUCCUCCUCCUCUUCUUCCUCCUCCUCUCCGCACACCCACACUCUUCCCCGUCCCUCCUCCCCGCCGCUCCGCAGCACAGUGCUUCAGUGCUUUCGCAGCUCCUGAGGAAGGAGCUGGUGCAGGUUAUUUUGUUGUUAUUAUUCCUCUUUUUCCUCCUCUAAUAUUUCUGUUUUCUCCCCUUUUUUUUUCCUCCGGAGCGGACCCUUUCGGCGGAGCAGCACCAGCCGCAGGAACACCGGGGCCGAGCAGGGAGGAUGGCAGGGGGGCGCCUCCCGGGGCUGCUCUUCCUCUUGCACGCCGCGGCUCGCCUGGCUGCCGAGCAAGAAGUUGAGAAUCUCUCCGGGCUCUCCCCUAACCCCGAAAAGGACAUUUUCGUGGUGCGGGAGAACCGGACGACGUGUCUCAUGGCGGAAUUCGCCGCCAAGUUCAUUGUUCCCUACGAUGUGUGGGCCAGCAACUACGUGGACCUGAUCACGGAACAAGCCGAUAUCCCGCUGUCGCGGGGCGCCGAGAUGAAGGGCAAGUGCGGCACGAACGAGUCGGAGCUGGAGAUCUCCUGGCUGGAGCAAGCGUACACCCUCAAACUCUACUUCCUGAAGGAGGGGCACAACACGUCCCGGGGGCCGGAGGCUUUCUGGAGGCUCAGCCGGAUCCAGUUCACCUACGACACCAACGAGCGCACCUACUUCAAGGACGCCGUCAGCCCCGGGAAGCACACGGCCAGCUCACACCGGCUCUCUGCCCUGGUCACCCCGGCUGGGAAGUCCUACGAGUGCCAGGCACAGCAGACCAUCUCCCUCACCUCCAGUGACCACCAGAAGUCUGUGCAGCUCCUGCUGUCCGAAGUGCGCCUCCAGCCCUUCGAUAUCACCGCGGACUUUGUCUUCAGUGAAGAACACAAGUGCCCCGUGGACCAGAGGGAGCAGUUAGAAGAAACCCUGCCUCUGAUUCUGGGCCUGAUUCUGGGCUUGGUGAUCGUGGUCACCCUCUGCAUUUACCACAUCCACCACAAGCUGACAGCCAACCAAGUGCAAAUCCCUCGGGACAGAUCUCAGUACAAACACAUGGGAUAGGGGACGGGACCGAGCAGCCCAAGUAUUUAUCAGGUAGAAAAAGCAAAAGCACUUUUUUCUAUGGGUGAGGAAAGGUUAUGGGGGGGGGGCAAGAGAUGGUAUUCACAGCACCUGAUGGGGGGUGUUCCCUGGAGAAACAAAGGGAUUUAAUAUAGUCCAUGCAGUCUCUGUAAGGAAACUCAGAGCAUCUGGUACUAGGAGUCUGUGUCAGUAGGUGGUAUGAAUACCUUCUUAAGCAGCUGGGCUGAUCAUCUGGAAACAGAACCGCUUCACGUGUCCAAGUCUAACCCUGGGGGCAAAGCUAUUGCUUCUUUCUUUUCCUUUAUUUAUUUCCCCCCUCUCAAGAGGCUUUUCCCUCCCCACUGCUGCUCUUGGCAGUGUUCAGCCUUCUGUUCAUGUCUGUGCAUGGGGCAGGGCUGGGGGACAGAGCCAUUGCACAGACUUCAUUAAGGUCCUCUAAUGAAAGGCCUCAAACCACACUCCUGGCCUUUGCACUCAUGUUAAGGAGAGCAUGAAGGCAACAUGGGUGUGCUUUGAAGACAGUAAAGGCCAGAACCUCAGGCUGGUAUCGAGUGCAGUAACUCCAGCUGAGGAGCUUCACGCCGAGCAAAGAAAGUAAGUUUGGUUUUGCUUCUUGAGCCACAUGUGAGCUACCCUUGAAAAUAGCAAUCGAGUAUUGAAACACAAGUUAUCAAGUGCCAUGCUGCUGCGAGUCAACCGGGAGCUGCUUCUGGCUGGGCAUCCUGCACGUACUGUGAUUGUGGUUGAGAUGUUCCAUUGCUACCUGCAACCGGGGUUUCAACAGCGAAACAAACAGGAUUAAAGCAGAGGUGUUACAGUUCCUAUGCAGAUUAUUCAGGUAUAAUCUAAUGUAACGGGAACAGGAAUAAAAGGGAACCCUUGGAAUCUAUCCUUAAAUGUAGAUGAUUUUUAAAAUGAAUUAAAACAUGUACAUACGUGAUGCUUGA